AGGGGAAAAUCUGGACUACGACGGGGCUGGGUCCAGCCUGUUGCUUUGAGCCUGGCCUUCAAAAGGAUGGUUUUAGUGGCCGCCGAACCUCUCAGGAGAGCAGCUGCUGUUGAGUUCACGGAGAACGAAGGAGCGCCAAGAUGCCCGUGAUGGCUGGAGUCAUCUUGGUCUUGUCCUUGAUGGCCAAGGCUGCCUCCGUCCCUACAAAGGGGAACCUUUUGGGAGAACCAGAGGCCCCCGCUUUGAGGGAAACCAGAGAUCCAGAAGAGGAAGAUGUGGCGGACUUUGGAAGACCAUGGGCGGAAGACGUUCUUGGGUUGGUCAACCGUGGAGACGUCCAUGGCCGUUCUCCAGCGUCUAAACAUUUUGGAGACGGAGAGUUGAGGUCUUUGUGGCCUCUGCCUAGUUUCUCGUCUUGGCCCCAUGGGGUCCCGGAUGAGCCGGUGUGUCAGGUGAAACUGGAAAGGGGAGACCUCCAGAGUCCUCAUCUUCUGCAGGUGGUGGGUCUACUUAACAGCUAUGACAGCAGUUUCUUGAAGGCCGUGAGCAGUUCGUCCUGGGGCCCCGAGGAACUGGAAAUCUUUGGGAUGUGCCCCACUGAUGCUCCCCACGGCCUCCUCUCAUCCCUCCGGCACGUGGGGGACUCUCUGGCCGUCCCAGAGGAGAACCACUUUCUCUUGCUCCAUCUGGAAGAAGUGAAAUGGGAGCUGGCGGCCACGAAACUUCGCUUCGAGUUGGCGAUUCACACGGCCACGGCCAACACCUUUAGCCUUUUCCACCUCGCCCUUCUUGUGUUUUACCGAGGGAAGGAGAUCUCGGGGGCAGUUGGUCCAUGGCAUAAGUUCCUAGUGGGUGGAGAAGGUCUCUCUCAAACGCAGGUGGUCUGCCUCUCCCAGCAAACGCGGUACCUUGUCCUCCAGGCUUCGGCGACAUUGGGGGGCCAGACCCCCGGGCGGAUCAUCAUGACCUUUUCUCUUGGAAUCAAGCAUCUCAACAGCACAGGUGCCACCCUCUCCCCCCAAGAGGCUCAGGACCUCCUGUUCGGCUUUGAUGCCCAGUGCUUCACCCGGAGGACUCCCGCUGUCUUCCUACUGGCCCAGCGGAAACCUGCCGUCACCGCUUUCCCACUGUCGUCUUUCUUAGCAGCCGAUGGCAAAGUGGACAUGAUCCCGUACCUAAAUGUCAGCGAUUUGCCGGGGUUCGGAGCAUCUGAAGCGCCGUCCUCUCCCAACGCUCUUGCUCCCUGGAUGAACCUCUCGGCUCCCAUCCCUUCGAGCACCAGACACUUCCUGGAAGCUCUCUCUCAGUUCGUCCACAAAGUCCUGAGCCCCUCUGGGGAGCCCCCGUUGGCUUCUCGGCCGCACCUCCAGCUGGACCUGGGCACGCUGGAGGGCCUCCCGCACCUGCAGCUCAACCUGUCGGAGAAGCUGGCCGUGGAGCAGCUGGUGCGGGUGGAGGACCACCUGGUGGUCCUAUUCCCAGAGGACCACCAGGCGUGGGUGAACCACCAGGUGGCUCAGUGGUCCCUGAGAGGGGCGUUGCUGGAGCAGCUCCUGACAAAGCUGCGCUCGGUGAUACGGGACCUGCAAGCCCUCCCGUCCUUUCGAGCCAAUGUGGACCUCUUCCGUGUCCUCUUGGCGUUCUGCUACUACCCGCCUGGAGGGCCGGGGGACCCCUCCGUGGCCGACGCGGCUGGGGCAGAGGGAUCCCGUACCGCCGGGGAGAAAUUUCACAGCCUGCUUCUCCUCAAAGCCCUCCAGGCGGUGCGGGCUUGGUGGUGGGAGUCCCACCGGGACACCUCCCGGGGACACCGCCGGGCCCGACACCAGGAUGACUAUUGCCGGCUGCGGGAGUUCGAGAUCGACCUCGUCUCCACCGGCCACAUCAUCCUCCCCAGCUCGUACAACGCUAACAACUGCGUGGGGCCCUGCCGCAGCCCACUCUCCACCCGCAUCCCGGAUCAUUACCACCACACCAUCUUCCUCCUGCGCAUGCACGAGCAGGGUGCACCAGUCACCCGGCCCCCCUGCUGCAUCCCGGUGAAAUAUUCCCAAAAAACCAUGAUCACCUUCACCAAAGACGGGGGCCUAGUGGUUAAAGCUUACCCCAACAUGGUGGCAGAAUCGUGUGGGUGUCGGUAGAAAAACAGGUUCUGGUAACUUUGUCAUUAGAAGUACUUUCCGGGAUUUCUUGCUUUUAGUAUUUUUAAUAUUUUCAGACUGUGGAGAAGUGUAUCUGUGGAUACCGAUCCCGCGGAUAAGGGGGUCCUACUGUAUUUGAUUGCAUUUUGAUCCGUUUUAUAGUGUUUUUUUUUUAAAAAAUAUA